AUGGCUUUCUACUGGUUAUUAUGUCUCUUCAUUUGUUUUUUUUCUUAUUAUAUCUCUCCAUCAGUUCAGAGAGAACUAGAAUAUGAGUGUGUUGACAUCUAUAAGCAACCUGCAUUGCAACAUCCAUCGAUGAAGGAUCACCAAAUCCAGAUGAGACCAAGUGCCGAGUUCCUAGCCAUGCUAUCGAUGGAGCCGGAACCGGAAGCAGCAGAUCUGGUCACUGGUACAACUGAAGAACGUUGUCCUAAAGGACAAGUACCGAUUCACAGACCGCAGAUUAACUAUACUAAUAAUUUUAUCCAUCCGGAGAGAAUGAUUUCAGAAGCCAACCUACAAUAUGCAAUUAUUAAACCAUUUGAAAAUUACACAAGGGCAUAUGGUGGAGCAUCAGCAGUUUUCAAUAUUUACAAACCAAGAGUAUUGACAAAUCAGUUUAGCAAAGCUUGGGUUUGGCUAAAUCACAGAGAAAAUGAUACGAUAAGCAGCAUCCAAUUCGGUUGGGCUGUGCAUACAGGAUUGUACGCAGAUGAUCGUCCAAGGCUAACAACAUUCUGGAUAUCAGGUAGACACCAAACCGGAUGCUACAACGCGAUGUGUCGAGGGGGAUAUGUCCAAGUCCAUAAAACAAUCUACCCUGGAAUGGUUUAUGAUAAAGUUAGUGUCAUAUACAAAAAACAGUACUCUACUCAUCUUCUCGUCGCUCAGGAUACCAAAACAAAAAACUGGUUGUUGUAUUGGCAGUCUCACAUUUAUUCGAUGGAAGGAGUAUCAAAAGUUUACUUCGGUGGGUAUGCAGGAGGAGAUCGGGGAAGAAGUUGGAAGCACAUUCCCGACUUUUGGAAACUUGUGCGAGGAUACGAUACCAUCAGAAAAAGGGAAGAAAAUCUUGGGAGCGGUGGUAAUAAGGAAAAUGAGGGUUUGGUGGUUAAACCAUCGGAAGAAAGGAGUAAGGAGCAAGUAAAGGAAAAUGCUAAGUUUGUUAUGACAAGUAAAGAGAAAGGGAUUGAUCGGGCAAGGCCUAAUGAGAAAUGGGCUGGGCCUAAAAAAGAGAGAGUUGUUAACGGGCCUAAAGCUAAAUCGACUAAGGUUGGAAGGCCUAAUAGGGGAUUGAUUUUUGGCCCAACACGAGGUGAAGUGGAGAUGUCUUUGUCGGGGAAGAGACUGAGAGUGGAGAGUGUUAAUCCUGGCCGACCUGGUGGGUCUUUCACGGCGGUUGGAGAUGGAGGUGGUUGGAGUCUGGAGGCGCCGCGGAAUGGGGCUCGGGAGGCGGUGGCCGAGAUGGAUUUGGGUGGAACGCUUGCGAUUCAGGAAUCCUCGUCGGCACUGUCUGUCAGAAACCUUAGAAGUAUGAAAGGUUUUCUUGUAUUAUUCUGCCAACGCGGCUGUCUAUGUAUUUAUACAAGUCGUGUAAACCUAAACGAAUAUUCUCAUGAAUCAUAA